AGCACUUACAGUUCUGUUCUCGAAGGAAACGUUGCGAACGAUGUGUUUGCGACGCACAAAACACAUGGAAAUGACUCGACAGAUGGGACCUCCCCCUACCGAGGGGAUCAGAUGGAAUGCCGAGAUUACCGACGCAAGAAUGGAGAGCUCUCAAAACUCCGUCUCUUUGUAGCUCAUUAACGGCGGAGGAACUAUGUAAUCAACUCCUCCGGUGUGGCUUCUCGCUCUCACUGCAUCACCGGCCCUUAUCGCUCGUCGUCAGUCUUCUCGUCUCUUUUUCCUCUUUCCGACGGUCAACUCUUGCAUCAACAUUCCCGGCCUCCCAGUAUCAACAGUCUAUGGCAUGUGGGGUACCUGCGUUUAUUGCCGCUAGUCGGGCACACAUAGAAAGGCAGGCUAUUAGUAACAGCAGCAUUCCUGUUCUGUAAUUUAUCUCUCUUUUUUGAGUCCCUCAUCCCCGCCGUAUCCGUCGUCCUACGAAUGAUUAGUGUCGGCUUUGUCCGACUCUCUUAUCGCAACCUUUCAUUCAUCAGAACGGAGCCAAUCAUACAACAUACAAGUAAGCUUCGUUAUCACCCCAAAUGUCGUCUCCAUGCCUUUCCAAAAUCUAGUGGAACCCUUGCAAUCUCUUGGCAAGACCCUCACCAAAUUCAUUUGAAGAGCCCCGCCUUUUUGUGGUUCUCUUUCGCUUUCCCUUUUCCGGCAAACGCCUUGUUGCUUAUGUGUCAGGAACAAAUCUACCAUGCACCAAUUAAUAUUCAACGAUAAGAACUCAAACUGUACCACCGGCCCCCGAGCGUGUUCCUUCGACCUGGGGCUAUAAGAACCCUACGGUCCUAAGUCAGUAAUUGCCUGAACGGUUCAUGCGGUUUUCAUAUUUGUGAGGUGUCAUGGGCGGGGGAGGAGAGACGGGCCCCCUUGAAUGGUUAUAUACCCCCCUACACGUCUCUUCUUGAAUCCCUAUCCUUCAAGGAAAUUGCCAGUGACAUUGUCCCAUCAUCCCUUUUUCCCUCCAACCUCUUUCACUAACCUUAAACCUCUAACCUCUUUUGUAUUAUGAGGGCCAUCGCUCUUUUGUAUCUGUUGGGAACUGCCUUUGCUGUCCCCUCUCCUAAGAUCUCCAACGUUAAGAAGCCGGGUCAUUAUCACCAUCCUCAUCGUAGGGAUAUUGUCACCAAUGAGGUUGACGUCAGUGCGUCCUCUCCGACUACCUCUGCCCCCAAGGACAACAUCUGGAACUUCCUCUCUAAUGAUGAGGCUGCCGGUAUCAUUGCCUUCCUCCACAGCCAGACCGAACUCAAUUUGACAGCCGUGAAUGACGCUGGAGAUUGGGACAAUACCAUUACUGUUGUUGACCUCUUGCCCCCAAACAAAACUGAGGCUCUGUCUUAUAUGGACGGAAAUGGUACCAAGCCUGAACGUUGGGGUAUCGCCAGUCUGCUCUGUGGUGCGACUGAAGAGCCCUACGCUCAAGACUUGGUCGUCGGUCCUCUGCCGGUUUCUGAAGUCACCAUUUACUACCCGUACACUUACGGUACCCAUGCGCCCGACGCCAAGAUCAGGGUCUAUGAUAUGGAUGACAAUUCCGAGUUCCUUUCCGAUAUUGCUAUGUCAAUGAAGGAUAUCAUCUCCGACAUUCUCAACGCUACGAUUGACACUGCCGACGACCUUGCCGACACCUUUGACAUCUGGGGUAUCGACCCUCUCUGGCAUCAACCCGACGAGAAUGGUAACGACCGUGUCAUUUACUGGGCUGGCUUCUGGCGUUAUCCCGAUUCUUUGCAAAUGGAGAACAGCACUAUCAACUUUGAUGGCGAGACCCUUCUUCCUCAAGGUCUCUACAUCCAGACCGAUAUCACUGGUCGGGACAGGUCCAAGUGGGCCCUUAUGGGUAUCCUUUACGGAGACGAUUACUACACCUCUGUCGAUGAAUUCCGAGCUGCUUGGCAGAAGCCUGGUUUCAAAAAGUUCACUCCCAAUUACUCUGGCGACUGGAUCGGCACAGACCAAACGGGCGACGUCAUGCCGUUCGAGACUGAAGCUCCUCCUAUGAACGUCCAACCUGGUGGUCAAAGGUUUAAAGUUGACGAGGAUAACAAAUAUGUUGAGUGGAUGGAUUUUUCAUUUUACCUUACCUUUACCCGAGACACCGGUAUGAGGUUGUAUGACGUCAAGUUCAAGGGCGAGCGAAUUAUCUAUGAGCUUGGUCUUCAGGAGGCUAUUGCUCAUUACGCUGGUAAUGACCCUGUCCAGUCUGGGACUGCCUACCUUGACACCUAUUACGGCUUCGGUCCUUAUGCGUUCUCCCAAGUUCCGGGUUUCGACAUGCCUCUCUACGCCUACUGCAUGAACACUAGCUUCCACGCUGCCGAACUCUCUACUUCUCACCGAUGUGGCAUCUCCAUCUUUGAGGCCGACCAAAACUACCCUAUCCAGCGUCACUCGAAUAUGAAUUAUGUCUCCGCCACUAAGAACAUUGCUUUGACUCUGAGAAGUAUUAGUACUGUUGGUAACUACGAUUACAACUUCGAUUACAACUUCUAUUUGGACGGCACCAUUGAGACUGUCGUGCGAGCUUCUGGUUACAUUCAGUCUGCUUUCUACGCCAACAAUACCGAAUAUGGCUAUCAGAUUCACGACUCUCUUUCUGGUUCGAUGCACGACCAUGUCCUCAACUUCAAGGUGGACUUUGACAUCGCCGGUGUUGAGAACACUUUGGUGAAGCACAUCGUCGAGCCGAAGGAAAUCAAGUACAAGUGGAACAACCUUACUCGCUCUACUAUGCACUUGGUUAGGAAAGAGAUUACCAAUGAGGAUGAGGGCAAGAUGAACUGGUCUCACAACGGUCAGGAGCAAGUUGUUAUUGUUAACAAGGAUGCUCCCAACAAGUACGGAGAGCCCAAGGGUUACAAGGUUAUGCCGAGUCGAGGUGGAUCCGGUAUGCAUUUGACUAUUACCAACUCGAGCAACCUUUUCAACUCUCAAGGUUUUGCUACUCACCAGUACUAUGUCCUCAAGCGCAAGGACUCCGAGUUAAGGGCGUCCAACGCUUGGAAUGACUAUGACACCCAGCACCCCAUGAUCGAUUUUAGCAAAUAUUUUGACGGAGAAGACAUCGAGCAGGAGGACAUUGUUAUGUACUUCAACUUGGGUAUGCACCAUGUCCCUCAUACUGGAGAUUUGCCCAAUACUGUAUUUUCGACCGCCCAGAGCGGUAUGAUGAUCCUCCCUCACAACUACCUUCUCUCCGACCCCUCCCGCCAGGCUACCCAGCAGAUUCGUAUCGAUUAUAAUGUCAACUCUACUACAGAUGUGUACUCUUGGGCUAGCCAAGCCGCUACCGGAGAGCUCGACUUCUCUCAAAUCACUUGGGACCCUUACACUUACGACGGUGAUGUUUCCGUUCGCAAAUUCCCUUAUGACCCCCAAAAUCCAUUCAAUAACACUGAAUCUAUUGUAUAAAGCAAGGACUUUGUAACCAUUUUCGAAAGCUGAUAAAAGGAACAAGUAAAAGGAAAAUAAAGGAAGGGCGUAAAGGUCUGU